AUGGUUGCUAAAGGUUGUUAUACCUGUCGCCGUCGGCGCAUUAUUUGCGACAAUGGCCAGCCCACCUGUCAAAAGUGUCGAGAUGCCGGAAAGGAAUGCUUGGGAUAUCAGAAACCUCUCGUUUGGGUCAAGGGAGGUGUUGCUAGUCGUGGAAAGAUGAUGGGCCGCAGUUUUGAAGAAAUCACGAAGAAGAAUCCUCGUCGCGCUGGGGAGCCGAACGAAUUGUCAGUACCGGCAACAAUCGAGAACACGAAUCCUCCGUCUACAAUCCAAGUCUUUAAACAGUCUGUCCCAAAUACGUCGAAUCGAGUCAUUGUUCCUAACGGCUCAAAUAAACUGUCCGUACCGGGCUCUUCUGGGGCUGCUCAGCAGCGGGGAAGGAAUAAUGGUCAGGUUUCUGCAUCCCGGAACACCUCUACGGAUGAUACCCAUAUUCCGUCAAGCUUGAUUGAUCCUAUUUUAAAAGAUAUCAAUGGAUUGGCGAGAUUUUACAUAUUUCAUUUCAACGAAAAAACAGCAGCCGAUCUUGUUCUCUAUGCGAACACUCAGAAUCCAUACCGUGAUCUCAUCUCCCUAGUUGGAGAGUCUCCCCUUCUCGCCAAUGCUCUAUCCGCUACGGGAGCCUUGCACUAUGCGCUUCUGGCAGAUGGUGACUUCUCGCCAAUGCCGUGGUCAACGGGCGAACCGACAGCCAACGGGACACUUUUAACCCCCAAGGAAGUGGAAAGAGAAGUGACGAGUUCCAUGUCUCGUCGUCCGUCCUCGAAAGUAUACGAACAUUUCUUAGGGCUCAAGCAACGGGCCCUUCGCCAGUUAUCCCAAGACAUCCGUGAUCCGGUCAAACGGAACGACGACAAGACAGCGGCAGCCAUCAUGGUUCUCGCACUGAUGGACGCCAUUGAAUCAGGCGACGAAGCAUGGAAAUAUCACUUGGAAGGAGCAAAGAACUUGCUAAACAGUCGCCAACAUGGGUUCGACGCCAGUCGCUCCCAAGAGAUCCUCGGCUGGCUGGACACACUAACCGUCGACGGGUGUCUCAUCAUCGAACUCAUGGGCUCAACCCUCGCUCGACCCGGUGUCCUCUCCAAACCCUUCUACUCCCCCUCCAUGGGCCCAACAGCGCUCCGCCGCCUCGAAAAGACCUCCUGGGUCGGCUGUCCCGCCUACCUCCUCGAAGUCAUCUUCUUCGUCCACGCCCGCUUCUGCCACGCUGACACCACCACCACCGAAAAACAGGACCAACAAGAGCAACCCCCAAUGCUCUUCUCCUCCUCCCUCCUCCCCCCAAACUCCAAACCCCUACAAUCCCCCCAAGCCCUCCUAAACCACAUCCAAGCCUUCGAUCCCAUCGCCUGGGCCAUCGACCUACAAUCCUACCUCUACCUUCCAGACUUAGCACCGCGCAUCGCCCUCGCAACGACCUACAAAGCAGCCGUCUACCUCUACACAAGCCGUGUCCUCUCCCGCCCGCGUUCCGGCUCUUCCUUCCCAUCCACAAGCGAAUGGUUCGGCCUCCCGCACGACCAUUCAGCCGUCGCACACAUCCUCAUCGACCAACUUGCCAUGAUUCCUCCCCAAGAUCCACAUUUCAAAUGCCUUAUCUGGCCCACUUUCAUCGCAGGCGCGGAGUGUCGGGAUUCGAGCCAUAGACCGUUUAUAUUGGAUAGGUUGUCUGCGCUGUAUUAUGCGAUUGCCACUGUGAAUGUGCGGAAUGCGGCGUGGGUGUUGAGUCUUAUGUGGCGGAAGCAGGAUCUUAAGAGGGAGGAGUGGUUUAGACACAGGCAAGGGAAUACUGAUUAUGCCGCUCCUUAUGACGGCGAUGAUUAUGAUAAUGAUGAUUUCGAUUGGAUUCAAGAACUUGAUGAGUCACGGAUUGAUUGGUUGUUUAUUUGA